AUGAAGAUUAAGCAAGAAGACGAGAAUGGAUAUCGCAAAUGCGACAGCAUUUGCCGCCCACCGCUCAUCGUCGACCAAUGGAGGCAACACCUCUACAGCACGAGCUACUUUGUCAUUACGAAAUGCAUCGUCUUGGCGCUGCUCAUGUCGAUUUGGCGUCUCAUUCAAUGCUCGCAAGCGAUCGCCAUCAACAUCAUCACCAUCGUUCAUUGCCGACAAGAUCAUGUCUCGACGAAAGACCGCAGCUUUUGCGGCGGAAACACUUCCACGGCAUUGGACUUCUGUUUGAAUGGCUGA